AACUGAUCUGGGAGUCUGGUUGUAAAUCCAGGAGGUCUCCUGCUGCACGACGAUGCUGCCCUUUUACGCAGCCCAGCAGAAUCCGAGGCUGGCGUCUCCAAGCCCCCGUGGAAAUCUCCGGGUGACCCCCCCCCCUUCUCACCUGCUGUUUCCCACGUUCUCGAGAGGGAGGGAGAAAUGACGCAACCCCCCAAGUGCUGCUCCUCAAACGAGGAGCACAAACAACGGAAGCAGCACAUGGGCAGAGCGGGCAGCAGACUGUUUUGCGUCUGUCGUCGUGGGAACGCAGGCGCGUGAAUGCCGGCCGGCCAGCCAGCCCCGCUCGGGGAAGAAGCACUGACCGGCCCCUCGCCGUGAGACGCGCGCGCGCGCACGAGGCUGCGCUUUCCGCUGGCCCAAGAGGGGCCCCGCCUCUACAGCCGGCCCCUUUGCGCGCGCCCGUCGUCGCGCUGGCUCGCCCCCGGAGGCGGGGCGCCCGCAGCAGGUCCAGGCCGGCAGCUCCGGCGACGCAGCCCGCAGAGCGGCCCAGCGCGGCUCCUCCGCUGGCUGGCUGGCGGGGGCGGCUGCGGGCUGCAUGCGCGGCACCGCUGCUGCAACUGGGGGCGCCGAGCGCUGCUGCUGCUGCUGCUGCUGCUGCUCUGCAUGGAGCGCCGACUGGCCGACUUCCGAGCUGCUCGCGGCGCGACCGCCGGGCCCCCGCCCGCCAAGCCCCCUCCCGAGGCCGCCGCGGCUCCGGUGACCGAAGAAGAGGCCGCCCAGCCCCGCAGGGAGGAAUCCAGCCAGAGGACGCACAGCCCCGAAGGCCCAGCCGCGUCAGCCCUGCCGCCGUGGUGGACACACUACUUCUUUGUAAAUGUGACCUUUCUGAAGUUUCUCCUGUGGCUUGUCUUGCUGGGACUCUUUGUGGAACUGGAGUUCGGUUUGCCUUAUUUUGUCCUCUCCAUGUUUUAUUGGAUCUAUGUAGGGACCCGUGGCCCUGGAGAACAACAGAGUCGAGAAAAAAGUGCUUACUCUGUGUUUAACCCAGGCUGUGAGGCUAUACAGGGAACGCUCACAGCAGAACAGUUUGAAAGGGAAUUGCAGUACCGGCCCUUGGCUGGGAGGUAGCUGUUGUCAUGCCGACUCGCCUUUUGCCUAAAACUAUGAACGUGUCCUUUUUGCUUGAAUUAAAUUGGAACAGUUUCCUGUGGCAUUUUUUCACCUUUUAAUGUAAACAAAUGUCUACAUUGUAAAUUUUUAUGAAAUCCAAAUAUUGAAAGAAGUAAAGAGAGGGCUUAUGAAAUGCAAAGGCUGAAUCAAA